AGCUCCUCCUGCCCUGGCGGGUCUGCUCCCGAGCCGGACUCCUGUGCGCUGCUGGGCGACUCCCCGCCUGCAGCCCCGUGGAUCGCCCCGGCCGGGCGGCAGGAUAAUCCCUGGCCCUGACUCCGGGAUCUCUGGGAUGGAGCACGGGGAAGAGCCGUGUGUCCGGGUUCUCCAGGGCGCCGAGGGAAGGGCGAUCCCCCGAGGUGUCUGCGCAGCAGGUGCCAGGAUGGAGGUGAAGAGUCCGAAGAAGGAAGAGCCUACAGGAGCAGAGCCACACUGGAUGUCCCAGAGCAUUAAGCAAGAAGAGGCCAGCGGGGCUGGAUGGCCGGAGGAGAUCAACACGAUGUCUCCACAGGAGAUCGGCAUCAGGAUGAUGAUGGCGCACAACCGAGCCCAGCGGGGGGAGAGCCCCUUCAGCUGCUUGGACUGUGAGAAGAGCUUCAGCCAGAGCUCCCACCUGGUCCAGCACCAGCGCAUCCACAUGGGCCAGAAGCCCUACAAGUGCACCGAAUGCGGGAAGAGCUUUGUUCUCAGCUCCAACCUCCUGGAGCACCAGCGCAUCCACACAGGGGAGCGCCCCUACAAGUGUGACCAGUGUGAGAAGACCUUCAGCCAGAGUUCCCACCUCUUCCAGCACCAGCGCAUCCACACGGGCGAGCGGCCCUACCAGUGCACCGAGUGCGGGAAGAGUUUCAACCGCAAUUACACCCUGGUGAAGCAUUACCACACCCACGUUGGGGAGCAGCCCUUCAUCUGCAGCGAGUGCGGGAAGAGCUUCAGCCUCGGCUCCUUUGCCCAGCACGUCCGCACCCAUACAGGCGAAAAGCCCUACAGCUGUGCUGAGUGCGGCAAGAGUUUCAGCAGCAGUUCCAACUUGAGCCAGCACCGGCGCAUCCACACCGGGGAGAAACCUUACAGCUGUGGCCACUGCGGGAAAAGCUUCAGCCAGAGCUCCAACCUCAUCAAGCACCGGCGCAUCCACACCGGAGAGAGACCCUACAGCUGCCCUGAGUGUGGCAAAACCUUCAACCAGAGCUCAUCGCUCAUGCAGCACCGGCGGAUCCACCGCGGCGAGCGGCCCUACGAGUGCACUGAGUGCGGGAAGCGCUUCAGCGUCAGCUCCCACCUGGUGGAGCACCGGAGGAUCCACCGGGGCGAAAAGCCUUACAAGUGUGUCGACUGCGGGAAGAGCUUUGGCUGCAACUCAUCCCUGAUGAAACAUCAGCGCAUCCACACCGGGGAGCGGCCCUACAAGUGCCCCGAGUGUGGGAAGUGCUUCAUUGACAGCUCCAAGCUCAACAACCACCGGCGCACCCACACUGGAGAGCGGCCCUACAAAUGCACCGACUGCGGGAAGGGCUUUGGAGACAGCUCCGCGCUCAUGAAGCACCAGAGGACGCACACCAAGUAGACACCCAGCAGAUGGAGAGGGCGGCACUGGUGUCUCUCUAGAGUGUGAAAUUGACAUGCUCUGGGGAUAUGGGGCCUCUAUAAAGGGAGACAUUGAUGUGCCAUCUCGGGGAACAGGGGCACCUUUAUAGAGAGUAAAUUGGUGUCCUUUCUUCCAACCCCUAUUGGUCAGCAAGACAUACCCAUCCAUCUUGGAAACCCUGGCUCCUACCCCCAAUGCAUGCUAGUGCCCUUUUGCCUGCAGCAAGCUGCAGGCCUGAUCUGAAGCCCCUUCCUCCCUCCCCCACUUACAGUGGUUCAAGGUGUGGAUGGCCUCCGCGAGGAUCCCAAGAUGGCAGGAAAUGCUAAGGCAAAUCAUCCAGCAGUGAUGUCUGCCACCGGGAUUUGUAGAGAGGAAAUAAGCAAAUAUAGUGAGGUUUAGUGAUUAGGCCUGGGAGCCAGGACUUCUGGGUUCUGUCCUCAGGGAGGGGAGUAGCGUCUAGUGGGUGAUAGCAGAGGGGGCUGAGAGCCAGGACUCAUGGAUUAGAUUCCCAGCCAUGUGUGGGUUCUAGAAGGUGAAAUCACAGUUUGUGUGCAGUUGUGUAUAGUUUAGAGCAGGGGCCUGACAAUCAGACCUCCUGGGUUCUACACCCAGCUCUGGCACUUUACCUUUCUGUGCCUCAGUUUCUUCUUCAUCUGUCAAAUGAGAAUAAUGGUACCUGCUUGUUUCUAGUGUUUUGAGAGUCAUAGAUGAAAAGUGCUUAUUCUGUAUUUGAUGCGUAAUUGUCUAAACUAGAAGUGACCCUCAUUUCACCUGCAUUUUUCAUGCUCUGGGUUAGCUGUAGAGCAUAGAUCUCUAGGUCUUUUCUUAAUCUGGUUUGCAGUAAUUAAGAUCCAUGAUUGAUGUCUCAUUUCUCUCAACCAACCAGGAGAAGAAAUGUAAAGGGAUCUAGGAAAACGGGGGAUUGUGCCCUUUAAUUUUACUACUUUAUGAUGCACAAAACAAAGCCUGGGGAAGGGGCAGAGGGAAUCAACCUGCUUGGGACAUUAGAAAUUUGGGAGUUGUAUAAUUUGGAAGUCUCUUGGGAAGACUGGAGAAUUGGGUCUGAUCAGUUAAACCUGAUUGUACGUGAAGAAUGGCUUUACAACAUAAGGCAAGUUAAUGUCCAUUGUGUGAGAUAUCUGGGGGCUUGGCUACACUUGAAAGUUGCAGCGCUGGUGGAGGCUUUCCAGCGCUGCAAUUAGUAACUGUCCACACCUGCAAGG